GAUAUGAGUCUGGAAGGAGAGUUUACAGUCUAGCCAGACACCCAGGUACUUAUAGACGUCCAAAUAUUCAAGGUCAGAAUCAUCCAGGGUGGUGAUGCUGGUCAGGCGUGCGGGUGCAGGCAGCGAACGGUUGAAAAGCAUGCAUUUGGAUUUACUAGCGUUUAAGAGCAGUUGGAGGCCACGGAAGGAGUGUUGUAUCCAGUGAUAUUGAAUGCUCUGUAUCUCUUCUGUGAUCAGUACCCAUCGCAGUGGAAGGAGAGAUGGCCUGUACAAAGACAACUUGCUGCUGAGGGGCUGUACCAUCCGCAAUACAGAGGAGUGUGUGGGGAUCGUCAUCUAUGCAGGUCAUGAGACUAAAGCCAUGCUGAACAACAAUGGCCCCCGCUACAAACGCAGUAAACUGGAGAAACAGAUGAACGUGGACGUGGGCUGGUGUGUCAUCAUCCUAUUGGUCAUGUGCCUGUUCUCUGCUAUCGGUCAUGGCUUGUGGAUGUAUCAAUACGGAGAUAAGAGACCCGUGUUUGAUGUCCUUAGUCCUGAAGGAGCCGAGCUGUCACCUGUCCUGUCUGCCAUCUAUCUCUUCCUCACCAUGAUCGCCGUCUUUCAGGUCCUGAUCCCCGUCUCGCUGUUCGUGUCCAUAGAGAUUGUGAAGAUCUGCCAGGUGUAUUUCAUCCAUCAGGACCAAGACCUGUACGAUGAGGAGACUGACUCUCAUCUGCAGUGUAGAGCUCUGAACAUCACCGAAGACCUUGGGCAGAUGCAGUACAUCUUCUCUGACAAGACCGGAACACUCACAGAGAACAAGAUGGUGUUCAGGAGAUGUACGGGCGGGGUGGAGUAUAGUCAUGAUGCCAAUGCGAGGCGUCUGGCCAUGUACCAGGACCUGGUGGACUCAGAGGAGGAGGACUGUACGUCCCACAGUGGCACCUUGCCCAGACGGGACAGCGUCACCAGCAACCAGAGUGCUGCCAGGUGGUUGCGCUCCCAGAGCACCAAGUCCCACCGCAGGACUGGCAGCCGGGCCGAAGCCAAGAGGGCCAGCAUCCUGUCCAAACACACUGCAUUCAGCAGCCCCAUGGAGAAGGACAUCACCCCUGACCCUCAGCUCCUGGAGAAGGUCAACCACUGCAGCAGCCAGAUGACCUUCAAGAGGUUCCACAGCCAGUCCCUCUCUCAGCUGCCCUCUGACCUCACGGACAUCAUCGACUUCUUCAUCGCCCUCACCAUCUGUAACACAGUGGUGGUGUCAUCACCCAAUCAGCCACGGCAGAAGGUGCGGAUGAGGUUUGGGCUAAAGUCCCCAGUGAAGACUAUCGAGGACUUCAUCAAGCGCUUUACCUCCAGCCGUCUCACCUCCAACUCCAACAGCAGCAGCUCUUCCAGCCUCAACCGCUCCUCCCACCGCGAAUGUUCCAGUGUCCUCUCCUCCCCCUCCGCCGAGAGCACCCUGACUAAAUUAGAUGAGGAGCAUCACCUUGGAGGUUCGGUGGGUUUGGAACAUGCCUUCUCCCCCGUCCCUCCUCACACUACCGAGGAGAGCCCGGGGCUAGAGGAAGGAGAGCUCCGCUACGAGGCAGAGUCACCUGACGAGGCUGCCCUGGUGUAUGCGGCGCGUGCCUACAAGUGUUCUCUGGUUGGCCGGCUACCUGAUCAGGUGACGGUGGAGCUACCUGACCUGGGGAAGCUAAGCUUUGAGCUGCUCCACACUCUGGGGUUUGACUCCACCAGAAAGAGGAUGUCUGUGGUGGUGAGACACCCGCUAACAGAUCAGAUCACCGUCUACACUAAAGGAGCUGACUCUGUCAUCAUGGACCUCAUCACACUGCCAUCUACAGAUGAUUCCAAAGGGAAACGCCAAAGAAAGAUCCUAUACAAGACCCAGAAUUACCUGAACCUCUAUGCUGCUGAUGGUCUUCGUACUCUCUGCAUCGCUAAAAAGGUUAUGACUAAGGAGGAGUAUGCUGUCUGGUUGCGACAUCAUCUGGAGGCAGAGACGGCCAUACAGGGAAGAGAAGAGCUGCUGUUUCAGUCUGCUCUGACUGAGAUUAACCUGCAUCUAUUAGGAGCAACGGGUGUAGAGGACCGUCUACAAGAUGGUGUCCCAGAGACCAUUGCGUCGCUGCGGAAGGCAGGGCUCCAGAUCUGGGUUCACGGGGACAAACAGGAGACAGCCAUCAACAUCGCCUAUGCUUGCAAACUGCUGGAACCUGACGACGAGAUCAUCACACUCAACGCUGACUCUCAGGAGGCGAUGGCAGUCCUUCUAGAGGAGAGUCUACACUACAUCCAGGCUAAGUUCCUGUCCUCGGAUCCUUCCAGAUCCUUUCAGAAAGACUACGCUCCAGCCUACUCCUUCCCCUCCUCCUCCCUCCCCUCCUCCUCCCAGACCCAGUCCUUCCUGGUGCACCGGCUGGGUUUGGUGAUUGACGGGCGGACGCUGGCCUACGCGCUGGACAGCAGCCUAGAUGAGAAGUUCCUGCAGGUGGCGAGGAGCUGUCGGUCAGUCCUCUGCUGUCGCUCCACACCACUGCAGAAGAGUAUGGUGGUUAAACUGGUCCGGAACAAACUGAAGGUCAUGACGCUGGCCAUAGGUGAUGGGGCUAAUGAUGUCAGCAUGAUUCAGGUGGCUGAUGUGGGCGUCGGCAUCUCAGGACAGGAGGGCAUGCAGGCUGUGAUGGCUAGCGACUUUGCCCUACCGCGUUUCCGGAACCUUCAGAAGCUCCUGCUGGUCCAUGGUCACUGGUGUUACUCCAGACUGGCCAACAUGAUACUGUACUUCUUCUACAAGAAUGCUAUGUUCGUAGCGCUGAUCUUCUGGUACCAGUUCUACUGUGGUUUCUCUGGGUCAGCCAUGAUAGACCAGUGGUAUCUGAUCUUCUUCAACCUCAGCGUUCUCUGCCUUCCUCAACUCAUCACCGGGACCCUGGAUAAAGAUGUAUCCUCAGAGACCCUCCAAGAACUGCCUCAGCUCUACAUGAACGGACAGAACUCAGAGGUGUUAAUGACUAUUGAUAGAUGAUAUGGUGUUAAUGACUAGUGAAAGA